AUGACAACCUUUUCUUUCACAGGCUUGUAUUGGAUGGCGACUGGUUCGGGAUUAACGAACCGGCGACGAUUGGACUUGCUGCUCAUGCUGGACAUGGAUUUCGAAGACGACAUACUCUUGGAGGUGCUCAUACUCUUCGAGGAACUCAUGGACUUGGAAGAACUCAUACUCUUUGAGGUUGACAUACUAGACGACUUGGACGCAGACGUGGACUUGGAAGAGCUCAUGCUCUUCGAGGAACUCAUGGACUUGGAUGAGCUCAUGCUCAUACUCUUCUGUAGAUUUGGCAAGGCAGGCGAAUCAUACAAUUAG